AUGUGGUCAAUGCAUGAGAAUUGCAAAGAAUUCAUUUCAGAUAGUUGGCAAACCAGAGUAGUAGGUUGUCCAAUGUAUAUUCUUACAAAGAAACUGAAAUUGUUGAAAGAUAGAUUGAAAAGCUGGAAUGUGAAUGUGUUUGGAAAUGUUCAUCAGUAUGUCAAGCAAGCUGAACAAAACCUUCAUGCAAUCCAAAACCAAAUCCAAUUGACCAACCCUUCAGACAACCUUUUAAACCAAGAGAAGAUGGCUCGGUGUGAAUUAAACACAGCUUUAGCGAGGCAAGAGUGUUUUUGGCUGGAAAAAGCUAGAUUAUCUUGGCACUUAGAGGGUGAUAGGAAUACUUCUUUUUUUCAUAGAAUUUCAAAAAUUAAGUGUAAAACUAAACUCAUAAAUACACUGAGAGUUGAAGAGAAUAUUAUUAGUGAUCCACAAGAGAUUUCCAAUCAUGUUGUGAACUAUUUUAUGAAUUUAUUUGGUACUAACCCUUUUUUGCAGGAUCAAAUGCUAGUGGAGGAGGUCAUUCCUCAACUUGUUGGGGGAAACAUCAAUGCUAUGCUAACUAUGUUACCAAGCCAUGAAGAAAUCAGAAAUGCAGUGUUUAGCUUGAACAAAGAAAGUGCUCCAAGGCCAGAUGGUUUCAGGGCCUUUUUCUUCCAAACAUAUUGGGAUAUAGUUCAAAGAGAAGUGAUUGAUGCUGUGUUACAAUUUUUUACAUCUGGAUGGUUACUUCCAAACUACAAUGCAAACAUCUUGAUUCUCAUUCCAAAAUCCAAUAAUGCUGACACAAUAGAGCAAUUUAGACCAAUUGCAAUGGCCAAAUUCAAAUUCAAAGUCAUUUCAAAGAUCAUUGCUGACAGGUUAGCACAAAUUCUUCCUACAAUUAUCUCAAAGAACCAAAAAGGCUUUAUUCAGGGAAGGAAUAUAAAAGAUUGUCUUUGUUUAGCCUCAGAAGCUAUUAAUCUUCUCCAUAAGAAGUCAUAUGCAGGGAACAUUGCUUUGAAAAUUGAUAUUACCAAAGCCUUUGAUACUUUAGAUUGGAAUUUUCUGUUGAAAGUGUAA